AUGUUGACAUCAGAUGCCUUUACGGCUGCGAUGGAGAAUUUGUCAAAAAACCGAGGGUCCCCAGGAGAAUGGUUUGCCCAUAAAGCGGAUUACCGUGAACCCACGAGACACCCACGCAUACGUCCGGAGUCUGUUGGGAUUGUGGAAAGAAAUCAGCCUCAUAUCUCGAUGGCAGCGCUUGCUGGAUUUGAGGACCGACCGCAUAGUAAAUUUCAGUCAUAUGAAGAAUUUGGAAUAGUGCCACGUGACUAUACGGACCAACCAAUCAUAAGACGUGUGCGAACCUUUGAAGCUGAGCUGAUUGCAAAGAAAUCUCAAUCGCAGUCUGAUAGAUGGCAUGACUUUGAGGGUAACCAGACAUAUCAAGCACCAAGGCCACCUCCACGGAUCGGGGCGGGGAGUGAUGGCAAGGAAAUAAUGGAAUCCAUGAAGAAGAAAGCAGAUUGGUCGAAUCAAGAUGCGAAUGGUAAUGAAUCCAGAACCAAGCCGACUCAAGGACUCCACACUGAAAGCGCCUAUCGAAGAAGAAAUGAGGACAAUUCUUGGUUCACUCAUAAAUCCGCCAACAAUAGAGACUUAGCUUCGUCAAGUUUCGGGAAGGUACAUUCACGGGUGCGGUACGAAGGUGUUGUGAAUGCGGAAAAGAACCAGAGGUUUGGUAAACAAUCGGUGGAUUUAUUGACAUUUAGCGAGCGUAGACGUUCCAUUAACAGACCACCGAGAAACGCAGAGGAAUACCAGGCGUUGGACAAAGAUUCGGCAAUGGCAGGGCAUUCUCUAGACACUGGGCAUAGGAUAGAUUUAGAAAAUGUAGACAUCUUGGGACGGGGUUUAAGAUGCCCACCACAGCGACUGGUGGCCAAGGCGGUGGAAAUCGCAAGGCACCCCUGUGUGAAUAGAAUAGAGCCGAUAGAACUUGCGAACAUGUGGAGAGCGGUCUUAGAUCGGCCGAGACGACACGAGGUGGUGUGCAGUUUUCAGCGAAAUCUAAGUAGAGGCACACCAGACAUACUUCACAUGAUGAGCACAGGCACACUUAUAAAUGGUGUACCUUAUGGGUGUCCAACCACGGAAGCACAGUAUAACUCACGAUGGGCGAAAAUGGGAAGCGAUAUGGCGAUGUGCCUCGGUCAUCCUCCACAAGUAAAAGAUGGUGAAGAUAAACGUGAAUCGUCGGAACUAAAGACGCGUGCCGCAAAAGUACGCGGAUCUGAUGCGGAAGAGUGGCGCGAUCGUGGAAAACGUGGACACGAAUUUUUCGGAGCUCCGAAAAUUGCCUUUUUGACAAGAAGAGGGAAUGGUCUGAUCUCUUCAUCUUCAGCUGAAUCCAGACCCGCAACCGCUUCCAGAACACGACCAGAGGCCCAGGAUAUUCUCAAUAAAUCCAUCAGCGGUGCUCAAAUCCUCAACUGUCUCCGGAUCACCGAUACAAGUCGUGCUGGUAUGUCAGAUAAUCGGGAACCUCCAGCGAUCCCACGUAUUCGGUCUGAAGAGGCUGAACAGGCUAUGAUGAGAAACCGCGGGCAGAUGGCUCAGUAUGUGGGCAGUGGAGCCCAUUCUGUGACCAAGCCUUGUGGUCGGAAGAUCCAUCCUCGUGGAAUUGUUUCCGCAGAAAGUCGUGAAGUGGCACUUCGAGCGAUGGGAGAAGCUGCCAAAGAACUCUUGAGCCACGAUAAGCUUCCGCCAGAGCCAGUACGAAGUGGAUUCGCAGCGAUGUCCGAAGAGGUGCGCGAAAAUGCUUAUCGGAAUCAGAAAGGUCUUAUCGGUGGCCUAAUUGGAGGCAAGAGUGAUGAACUUUCUUCUAUCACAUUAGUUGGAGUGGAGGCCCCUGCGCCACGAAGAUUACAUUACGAAGCUGUAGAAUAUGCGCUGAAAAACCGCGGUGACCGAAUGAGUGACCUGCUGAAAUUCACAGGGGUGAGUAGGUACCAACAACAGAAUUGUUCAGCUGUUAUACCCUUUCGGUGCCUAGCUACCGUGCGACCCAAAGGAAGCACGAGGGCUGAAAUUCCAUCAGGUUGCCCAAGCCUAGACAGGAGAAGUCAAGAUACUGAGAUGCGGUGCGAACCACGGACUUCGAGGCCAGUCGCUACAAGUCCUGAGAAGCGCCGACAACGGAAACAACGGCGAUUUUUGAACAUUUGCCAACACUCUGGUGUGCCGUGCAAUAUUCAGUACUCGCCCGAUUUACAAUACAUGCCUGCAUUUUCACACAAGUUACAACAGUUAGCCUUUUUGACAAGAAGAGGGAAUGGUCUGAUCUCUUCAUCUUCAGCUGAAUCCAGACCCGCAACCGCUUCCAGAACACGACCAGAGGCCCAGGAUAUUCUCAAUAAAUCCAUCAGCGGUGCUCAAAUCCUCAACUGUCUCCGGAUCACCGAUACAAGUCGUGCUGGUAUGUCAGAUAAUCGGGAACCUCCAGCGAUCCCACGUAUUCGGUCUGAAGAGGCUGAACAGGCUAUGAUGAGAAACCGCGGGCAGAUGGCUCAGUAUGUGGGCAGUGGAGCCCAUUCUGUGACCAAGCCUUGUGGUCGGAAGAUCCAUCCUCGUGGAAUUGUUUCCGCAGAAAGUCGUGAAGUGGCACUUCGAGCGAUGGGAGAAGCUGCCAAAGAACUCUUGAGCCACGAUAAGCUUCCGCCAGAGCCAGUACGAAGUGGAUUCGCAGCGAUGUCCGAAGAGGUGCGCGAAAAUGCUUAUCGGAAUCAGAAAGGUCUUAUCGGUGGCCUAAUUGGAGGCAAGAGUGAUGAACUUUCUUCUAUCACAUUAGUUGGAGUGGAGGCCCCUGCGCCACGAAGAUUACAUUACGAAGCUGUAGAAUAUGCGCUGAAAAACCGCGGUGACCGAAUGAGUGACCUGCUGAAAUUCACAGGGGUGAGUAGGUACCAACAACAGAAUUGUUCAGCUGUUAUACCCUUUCGGUGCCUAGCUACCGUGCGACCCAAAGGAAGCACGAGGGCUGAAAUUCCAUCAGGUUGCCCAAGCCUAGACAGGAGAAGUCAAGAUACUGAGAUGCGGUGCGAACCACGGACUUCGAGGCCAGUAAUUUCACGCCUUAACUACUGA